UGCCACUCCAUCACAAAGCAGCAAGGAUAACCUACUGCUCAGUCCUCAUCCAGCUAAGACCCAAACAUGGCACCCAAGAAAGCAAAGAAAAAAUCGGAGGGAGCCAGCUCCAAUGUGUUCUCCAUGUUUGAACAGGCCCAGAUCCAGGAGUUCAAAGAAGCUUUCACUAUCAUGGACCAGAACAGAGACGGUUUCAUUGACAAGAACGACCUGAGAGACACGUUUGCAGCUUUAGGCCGUUUAAAUGUGAAGCAAGAGGAGCUUGAUGAUAUGUUGAAGGAGGCACCGGGGCCGAUUAAUUUCACAGUCUUUCUCAGCAUGUUUGGAGAGAAACUAAAAGGUUCUGACCCAGAGGAGACCAUUCUCAACGCUUUCAAAGUCUUUGAUCCUGAGGGUCAAGGAACGUUAAAGAAAGACUUUAUCACAGAGAUGCUGACGACCCAGGCUGACAGGUUCUCCCCUGAAGAGAUGGAGCAGAUGUUUACGGCAUUCCCUCCAGAUGUAGCCGGAAACCUGGACUACAAGAACCUGGUCUAUGUCAUCACACACGGCGAAGAAAAAGACCAAGAAUAGAUCAAUUACUCCUGAGAUUUCCCUCUGGACAUUUAAAUCAAUGGGUCAUGUUUGUGCUGAGAUAUGUGCAUGAGUACACAGACUAGAGCAGAAAAAAAUCAGCUUCAAUGAUUUGUUUUCAGAAUUGUGUAUUAAUGCAUUAAUUAUUUAUUGAUGAAUUAUUAUAUGUAUAGGUUUUGUGGAUAUUAUUACACUAGGUAUAUGUAAUUACUUGAUAUGUAAUAGGUGAAAUUAAAAGUUUAUAUGACCAC